AUGAUCAUAGAAUGCAUCAAGGAGGUUGGACAUGAGAAUGUGGUUCAAGUACUCACAAAUAAUGCUUCAAAUUGUGUAAAAGCUGGUGCACUUAUUUCAGCUAAGUUUCCUACUAUCUUCUGGACACCAUGUGUGGUUCAUACUUUGAAUCUUGCUCUCAAAAACAUAUGUGCACCUGUUUAUAAUACAAGAAGCAAUGAAGAAGUGUAUUAUGCUUGUUAUUGGAUAAAGUCUAUAAGUGAGGAUGCCACUUGGAUCAAGAACUUUAUUAUGAACUAUGGAAUGAGGCUUGUCAUGUUCACAGAGCAUUAUGAUCUUAAGCUCCUUACAAUUGCUUCGACAAGUCCUAAAUGGGAUGAUUAUAAAGAUGAUGGUGUAGAAAGAGCAUCAGCAAUAAAGAAAAAGAUAUUAGAUGAGAUGUUCUGGGAUGAGAUUGAUUAUGCUUUAUCUUUCACUUUGCCGAUAUAUAAUGUGAUUAGAGAAGCUGAUACUGAUAAGCUUUCACUUCAUCUGGUUUAUGAGUGGUGGGAAAGCAUGAUACAGACUGUGAAAAAGGUUAUCUUUAGAAAGGAAAGGAAAGAACUUGAAGAUGACUCGGUUUUUUGGAAUGAUGUGCAGUCUAUUUUGACCUCUCGUUGGAGUAAGAGUAACACUCCUCUCCAUUGUAUGGCACAUUCUCUAAAUCCCAACUUGGAAGAUUUUGGUAGUGUUGAUGCAAUCCAUGAUAGAUUUAUCUUAGAACCUUUAAGAUGGGGGGCAGUUCAUGGAUCUUCAGCUCCAAAGCUUCAAGCCUUAGUAUUUAAGUUGCUUGGACAGCCUUCUUCAUCCUCAUGUUGUGAAAGGAACUGGAGCACUUACAAGUUCAUCCAUUCAACAACAAGAAACAAGAUUAUGCCACAAAGAGCUGAAGAUUUGGUAUUUGUGCAUACUAAUCUUCGUCUCCUAUCUAGAAUGAGUUCUGCUUACAAAGAAGGCCCUAACAAGAUGUGGGAUGUUGGAGGUGGCCAAUUUGAUUCUUUGGAUGAUCUUAAUAUUGGAAGACUUGAGUUUGAAGAUCUUUCUCUUGAUGAACCAGAGCUAGAGGCUGUUGUGUUUGAUGGAGAAGAUGAAAAUGAGAACGUCUCAGGUCAGACUGCAAAAUGGGUCUCUUCCAGGGAGGCGGCUGAGCUGUCUGGAGGAUCGGACAGGGGUACAAGACAGAAAGCGUCUGAGAAAACUGUAAAGACGGAAGAUGGUGUUUUGGGCGAGUUUCAUGGUUCCACAAAAGCUUCUCGCUGGCCCAUGGUUGAAAGAUCUCCUUCUUCCACAAGUCUUGACCGGAGAUUCAAUAAUAAUCAGAGUAGUGCAAGAUGGAGCAGUGAGGUUGAAGAAACAGGCCUUAGGAACAACGCGAAAGAUUUUUCAGCACCUGAGGAUGAAAGGCAUCGGGUGGAUGACACAUCACAGGGAAAUAUAUCCUUUAACAAUAAAGCCUACCUGAGAAAGUGCCAUUGA